CCAACCGCUGCGCCGACGGCGACUCCGCCGCAGCGGACGGCGACGGCCGAGCAUCCGCCGCGCGCCGCGGCCUUCGACCCCCGAUCCUUCUGGAGCCGUUCGGGCUCGCACUGCCCUCGAACUGGAGGCCCACUGUCUCUCGGGCGGUAGUGCCUGCAGAGGGGGUCAUGGGCGGUCGUGGGGCGCAGCGCCUGGUCCUGCUGGCCGGCCUCGCGGCCCCGGCGACCCUGCGGGCGAGGGCGGAGCCUCAGCCGAACCCGCCGGCGUGGCCCAAGGGCGUCUACGUCUGGGGGCCCGACACGCCCGCCGACGAGAUCACCCAGGUGGCCAACGAGGCCUUCACGACGAACGGAGGCCACGAGCCCGAGGACCACGGGCAGUUCUCUCCGCUUAGAUUCGCGUUCAUGUUCAAGCCGGGCACAUACCAUGUGGACGUGCCGAUUGGAUUCUACACGCAGGUGCUGGGCCUCGGCGACCAGCCUGGAGACGUGGUUUUCGACGCCCCAAGGGGGCCGUACAGCGAAGAGGGAGACCAGGACCACAUGGGCGGCGCGCUGAGCUCCUUCUGGCGUUCAGUGGAGAAUUUCCAGACCCGCAGCAGCAUGCUGUGGGCUGUCUCGCAAGCGGCGCCAAUGCGACGAGUUAUUGUCGACAAGGACCUAAAUCUCGCUCAGUACGUCGACGGCGUUGGCAUGGGCUACGCUUCUGGAGGAUUCCUCGGCAACGUGGAGAUUGGAGGAAAGCUAUAUCCGGGCAGCCAGCAGCAGUUCUGCGUACGGAAUGGUGACUUCGUUGGCGGCUGGUCUGGUGGUGUUUGGAAUAUGGCGUUCAUUGGAUCGAAAAACGCGCCCGAAGCACAUUGUGGCCACGAUGAUGGUAUGCCGUUUGUGACUGUGGAUCAGACGCCAGUUAUUGCUGAGAAGCCCUUCAUUACCAUCGACGAGGCUGGUAAAUUUUACCUGAACGUGCCACCGAGCCAGCGUGACCGCGUCGGCACGGACUUCGAUGCUGGACUAAAGAUACCCUUCGAGGAAGUGUACGUGGCCCAGGAGGGCGAUUCGGCCGCCGACAUCAACAGGCAUCUCGAUCAGGGGCUGCACCUGGUGCUCCCUGCAGGAAUCUGGGAGCUGGACGAGCCCCUGAAGGUCGGCACCAAGAACCAGGUUGUGCUUGGCUUGGGACUCGCCACGCUCGUCUCCACGGCGGGCAACGCUGUGAUCCAGGUGGGGAGCGUCGACGGGGUGCGCAUCGCGGGUGUGCUGCUCCAGGCGGGCGAGACGCUGUCGGAGACGCUGCUGCAGUGGGGAGACGACACCGCGUUCAAGGGAGAUCCAGAGAACCCCGGCUACGCUUCCGACCUUUUUGCCAGGGUCGGCGGGCCGUGGGACCCGGCCGAGAAGCAGCAGCGCUCGAGGCUCAUGGUGCAGAUCUCCUCAGGGAACGUUGUCGGUGACAACUUCUGGCUGUGGCGCGGCGACCAUUGGGGCAAGCCGAGUGGAGAGUACGGUCUCGUCAGGGACGGCGACAAUCGCUGCGACACUGGGCUUGAGGUCACUGGAGACGAUGUCACGAUCUACGGUCUCGCCGUGGAACACACACUGAAGGACUUGACAGUGUGGGGUGGCCAGGGCGGCAGGGUGUACUUCUACCAGUCGGAGUUGCCCUACGAUGUGAACCAGGACUGGGGUGACGCAGGCUACGUUGGCUACCGCGUCUUGGACAGUGUUGGCACGCACGAGGCGCACGGUAUCGGCGUGUACCACUAUUUCCGGGACUACGCCGUCACGGUGCAGAGCGGCAUCGCUUGCCCAGAGUGGCUGGAGAACUCCUUCGAUUCCCCGCUGUCGGUCUAUCUCACUGGAAAGGGCAAGGUGCUCCACAUCCUGAACGACCGAGGCGACAUGACUGGCGACGGCUCCCAGGUGACGUGGCUCUGCGACAAGGCCCCGCCAGUGGAGGCGCCAGCCAAUCUGCCAACGACCACCAAGCGACCGAGGAAGCGGGGCACGCUCGUCGUCAAGAGGAAGGCCCCGAGUGCCGCAGAGAAGCCCGCGCCGCCGACAGUCCCGUCGCCGAAGCCGGUCGCGCCGAUGAAGCACUCGGGCAACUCUCAGGCAGGCCUGGUGGAGGCACUGCCGCCAGGGACCGCCGCAGACGGAGAGCCCAGCGCGGAGGUCGAAGGGUUCAUGCCUCCCGCGGGCGCGGACGACGACGACGACAACGACGACGACGACGAGCCCGAGCUGCCGCUCAGCGCGGGCGAGGAGGCCACCGCCGCGGACGUGGCCGGGCCGUUCCCCCGGCCGAGCGCGCGGCACGCGCGGGGCGCGGGCCGCCCCAGCGCGGAGGCGGCCGAGCCCGCCGAGCCAGCGGGCGCAGUCGUAGGGGCGCUGACGCGGCAGGGGUACGAUGAGGCGCCCCUGAACCCGCAGCAGGGCGAAGCUGGCGUCCCCUGGUGGGCGUGGGUCGUCAUGGUGCAGACCUGCGGGACGUGGGCCCUGUGCGCCUACGUCUUCCUGCUGUACCGGCGGUGCGCCGGCAGCCAGGAGAACGGCGACCUGCCAAGGAUUGCCGCCAGCCCGUUCCUGUUCCGGGGCCUCCCCGCGUGGUCCCCGGGCAUCGCUCAGCAGAGGGGCUCUUCCCAGUCGCCGCAGCUGCAGGCCAGGGGCGUCGCCGCCUGGGACACGCCCGAGGAGAAGGUCCGCAGGACGAACUCCAGCAAGGCCAGCGGCGGCAGGGGCUCGGGCCCCGCGCAGGCCCAAUCUGGACAGGAGGCCGCCGACGACGACAACGGUAAGGCCUUGCGACCACCUGCGAACCCUAACCCCUGCUCGCCCACUCGUCAGAGGAGGAGGUACCGAUACCGCUACCUUUGCUUCGUUUUCGUCUUUUUUGGGCCUCCUGGGAGGCCCUCGUCACCACCGCUGGAUUCGCCUCGAAAUUCUGGUCAGAACGCACCCCGAGAGAGGUCUGGGGAGUAGCGGUAUCAGUAUCUUGUUGAUCCCCCACGAUCGACGCUGCGGCUCUGAGAUCCUGCUGUUUCAGUUUUUUGCUGCAGGGCGUUUUCGCGCAGAUUCGGGCCUCAGUGCGGCUCCAUGUGGAGCCCGAUGUUCUCCGCGCCGGCGUCGCCGAUACAUCGGCGGUGCGGCAGGUCCCUUCGACCCCAGUCGGCGGCGAGCGAGGGGGAGAAGUGAGAAGGAGCCGGCCUUCUCAGAAGGUGGCGUGGCUCCUCAGAAGCCCUCGCGCCUUCCGAGAAGUUCUCCGCGUCUCCGGGGAAGGCUGAGAGAACCCUCGGGGAGGCCCGAGGACUCCCGAGCCUUCCGAGAGAAGGCCCGCCCCCUCAUCGCUUCCCCGCCAUCGCCGCCGGCCCAUUCCGAACCCCUUCUGAGAGGCCCCCGCAGACGUCACGCCAAAGCCGCGAGACGCCGGAUCCCUUCAAGGUGGGGGGGGGCCUCGCCAGGCCGCCGGCACUCGGCAGGCAGCCCCCCCCCCGCCGUGGCCUCGGAGGCCUGGCCCCCGCGGGGGAGGGCGCACGCGUGCUCCGACGUCUGCUGCGAUCUGAGCUGUUCCGUCCGCGGCCUCUCCAGGCACCCGGCGUCUCGAGAGAAUCGAGGCGGAGGUUAACUUCCUCGUUGGGGGCCUCUCGGGCCCUCCACGGGCCCCGGGAUUGGCAAGAGGCGACUGGGGACGAGAAGCCGGUCCUGGGGAAGUGGUCGAGAGGUCGGAGGCGCCGGUGCCUCGAAGGAAUCGAGGCGCCGGACGUCUGGGUUCAUAUAGCUCCCGACGCCUUCCCCCCCCGGGGGGUAGUGUUUCGUCCGUUCAGGUGGUCCUAGCCCCAGAGACGGCCCCCCAUCGGACGGCCUAGAAUCCAGAUAGAUCCGUUCGAGAGCGUUCCAGAACGCUUUCAGAGAGUUCCGGAACGCUCUGAAACGGACGCGGCGCCCGAUAUCGGGGGCGGAAAAGAGGGGGGUGAUGACUAGGGGGGGGUGGAUAUCAUGGCAUGGGCCAUGAU